CUUAGGAUCAGAGCACUAUGGUUGGUCUUGAUGAUGCAUUGGUGGAGAUCAAGGCUCAGCUAGUUGGAGGUUCACCACAAUUUGAAGUUGUCUCAAUUGUCGGCACGGGUGGCAUCGAGGGAAUCCUCAAACCUGCAUGCUCUAAAACGUUGGAAGGCAUAGGAGAGGAGUACUUUUUGGAUCUCCUUCAAAGAAGCCUUGUUAUGGUUCAAGAGAAAGGGUCCAAUGGAAAAAUUAAAACCUGUAGAAUUCAUGAUCUGUUAUGGGACCUUUGUGUCAGAGAAGCUCAAAAGGAGAACUUUUUCUGUGUUACUAAAGGAAGUCUUUAUGAUAUUCAAGAGGGCACUAGUAUAUGCCGUGUAAGUAAUAUGACGCAGUGUUUUCUAUAUUUCCAUGCAGCUAAAGGGACUCUCGAGCGUGAUGACAAAACACUAUCUUCUUCAGUGGUGCAGUCUUGUUCACUUAAAGUACUGCAUAACGAGGAUUAUUAUCGACUUCUAGAUGGAAUGGAUGAAAUGGUUAACAUACGGUACAUCUAUAGCAACGGUGCACUGUCCAUUGCAUCAAUAUAUAAACUUCGGAAUCUACAAACAAUAGUUUUUCCAGAGUAUUGGAAGCGCGAUAUGGAACUAUCACCAGAAAUAUGGAAGAUGCCACAAUUAAGACAUGUCAAGUUUCAUUCGAUAUAUCUUCCUCGUCCUCCUUGUUCAGAAAUUAAGGAGGGAGAAAAUUCUAUUGUUGUUCUAGAAAACCUACAAACACUCUCGUCGAUACGUAAUUUUAGCUGGACGGAGGAGGUCCUAAAAAGAAUUCCAAAUCUACAGAAAUUGGCUAUCUAUUACGAUUAUGAGACAGCGGCUGACUGGGAAGAACACUGUGUCAAUAAUCUUGGCCAUCUAAAUAAACUUGAAUCAUUAUGCUGUUGUAUUGAAUAUACGCUCCCUAAUUUGGUAAUCCAUUUUACUUUUCUGACAUCACUCAGAAAGUUGACUUUAUACGGCUUUAACCUUCAUCCCUUCUAAUUGGCGAUUCUUGGUUCGAUGCCAAAUCUUGAAGUGCUAAAAUUUAGAGAGUGUGACUUCUUUUGUCAAGAGUGGGAACCAAAUGAAGGAGAAUUUCUUAAAUUGAAAUAUCUGCUAUUAAGUGACCCUGAACUGAAGCACUGGAGAGCUGACCGCAACCAUUUCCCAAGACUCGAGCACCUAGUCAUUUCAAUUCAUGAUAACAAUGUACUAAAUAAGAUCCCUAGUGGUUUUGGAGAAAUUCCAACUCUUCAAUCCAUCGAGUUGCGAGGUGGUGGUGAUUCGAUUGUAGAAUCAGCAAAGAAAAUAGAAGAGGAACAACUGAGUUUGGGAAACGAUGCCUUCAAGUUAUAUAUUAACGAGUUCUAAAUGCAUUUGAGUUUCAAAGUUUGUCCAUUCCAAUCAUUUGCUGGUAGCAUGUUUUUGUGAUUGUGAUCAUUUUCCAUUUUCAGUUUUGGCUUGCUUGUUUAAACCAACUUCAAUGCAGGUUCUGUGCAACAAGAGUGCGAUCAAGUUUCUCUAACACUUUACUGUACAACCAUGAUUUCAAUUAGUGUCCUUGCUUGUCUAUUUUGUUUUUUCUGCUUUCAUCUCUCUUUAUUUGUGGUUUUCACAUGAUUUUAUCAAUGUUAAUUGACAUUGACAAAAUCAUGAUUCAUGUUUCUUGCCAUUCUAGAGGUGUACAGUUUGUGUGCAGUACUAUUGUUGAUAAAUAAUUAUGAAUUCCUAAUUGUUUA